AUGGAUUCAAACCUGUGUUACAAAGAUUGGUACAACUUAUUUCAAGAAUUUAAAAACACACAACCAAGUUUAACAUCAUCACAAGAAAAAUCUCUAUGGCACCAAGUACAUAUUGAUAAUGCUGGACCAUAUCAAAAUCAUUAUUGGUUGGUAGUGAUAGAUGCUAGCAGUCACUGGCCAGAAAUAGUUCCCAUGACUAGCACUACAACCGAAAGCACGAUAAAAAUAUUAAGAAAUAUUUUUGCAAGAUUCGGAUUUACCAAGAUAAUCGUUUCUGAUAACGGACCCCAAUUCAGCAGCAAAGAUUUCAAUAAUUUUCAUAAAAAAAACGGGAUUCAAUUAGUGCACGGAAGUCCUUACCAUCCUCAGACAAAUGGCAUUACCGAACGUUUAGUUCGAACUUUUAAACAGAGUAUGAAUAAAAGAAACGAGAGAGAUUUAGAAACCAGUCUAUCGCGCCUUUACAAUAACAAAGAAAAAAAAUGGGAAGAAGCCAUUAUUAAAGGCAUACUCGGAUCACAACGUUAUGAAGUAAGUAUAGCGGGUAAUAUGAUUAUACGUCAUACGGACACAUUAGGGAAAAGAACCGAAAAUAUAUUAAUUGAAGAAUACCAAUUAAAAGAGAGAACUGAAGUAGAAGAGAAAACGGAAGAGUUAGUAAACAAAGAGGAUGCAAUAAAAAAUAACGAUGAAAUGAAUUGA